AUGGCCGGUUUCAACACAAGAAAGGCGCCCACGCCAUCCAAGGCGACUCCAUCUACCAAGCGCAAUUCGAGCAUCUUGAGCUUCUUCCAGAAAACCGAUAGCCCCCAAGGAGCCAAACAAACGCAACUUCGCAUGUCACAUUUCGUCACAUCCUCCCGAUCCCCAAGUUCUGGCCGCACGACCCCAUCUUUGCAGCGUGGAAACACUUCUACGAGUGAUACAAACGAUGGAUUGUUCCUGGAGGAUAAGAAAGGAUAUGCAAGGAUACAGCAGAGCGCCAGCCAAAUUGAGAGAAAAUCGAGGGCACGGUCAAAGACUCCAGAUGACUUCUGGGGCGAAGAUGAUGACGCACGAGAUAACGAAAAUGACGCCGCAGCAAAGCGUCGCAAAACGAACGAGGCAAUUGAUUUGACUACAAAUGGCGAAGAAACAAGCGAAACAAAUUCACCAAAACUACCCGUACCCCAAAAGACGACCAGUGGGCCCUUUAUCGAUGAAUCAGACAGCGAAUACGAAGACGAUAUGGACGCCUACCGCGAAAUGAAAGAUGAACCCCCAGCCGAGUUCAACCCGACAUCUACAAUAUCACCAAUCAGUGGCGACGAAGCCCGGGAUUCAUCUGCCGAGCCUGAGCAGCCGCCAUUGGUAAGAGAUACGAAUUACACCGAAAAUGUAGACGAAAAUUUUGACGAGGAGGAAGAAGAUCAAUUUGUAGGGGAGGAGUUUCGAGAAUCACCAUGGGGGAAUGAGGAGGCAACUUUAAAAGCGUCCCUCGACGACAUCACGGAUGGCUUGAGUCCCGCAGAAGCCGAAGGAAUAUUUGGCGUUGCUGAUCUUACCUGCCCGGCAUGCCAGGGACGAUUAGCCGGGCUUAAUGAACGAGAAAAUCUGAGCACAGGCUUAACACGAGCUCAACGGGCUGCUAUUGCCCGACCUGGCCAACGGAACCCUCAUGCUCAAAAUAAAGCCAGCAGCCAUUCCGCAUUCUCGAAGAUGAUGGCCGGGAAUGCAGAAGAUACAGCAUGGGCAGAUGCGGCGGCGCAUGAAGUAUCUUCUCGUGGAAAACAGGCAUAUCAACGGACUUGUCCGUUCUACAAGAUCAUGCCUGGGUUUUCAAUCACGGUCGAUGCCUUCCGAUACGGCGCCGUUGAAGGAUGUAAUGCCUAUUUUCUCAGCCACUUUCACAGCGACCACUACAUCGGCCUUAGCAAGUCCUGGUGCCACGGCCCUAUCUACUGCAGUCGACCCACGGGCAACCUUGUGCGACAACAACUUCGAGUAGACCCGAAAUGGGUCAUUGAUCUCGACUUUGAGACUACCUCCGAAGUACCUAAUACGGGUGGCGUGCAGGUCACUAUGAUUCACGCCAACCACUGCCCUGGCAGUUCUUUGUUUUUAUUUGAGAAAAACUUUGGUAGUGGGCCCAAUGCCCGUCGAGAGCGCAUACUCCAUUGUGGUGACUUUCGCGCUUCGCCAGAUCAUAUACGACAUCCGCUUCUAUGCCCAAACCCAGUGAAUCCAGUUACCGGAAAGCCCAGGCAGCAGCGCAUUGACACAUGUUACCUGGACACUACUUAUCUCAGUCCUAAAUAUGCGUUCCCAAGCCAGGCACAUGUGAUCACGGCAUGCUCUGAACUAUGCAUCCGUUUGAAUGAAGAGACGGGCGUGGGAGUCGACCUGGGAAAGGCAACAGGUGGUCUGAUGAACAAAUUUUUAUCAUCUGUCACUGGGAACGAGCGUGCAAAAGAGUCUCCGCAGGCUGGUGGUCGUCUCUUGAUUGUUAUUGGGACAUACAGUAUCGGCAAAGAACGAAUCUGCAUAGGCAUUGCCCGUGCCCUGGGUUCCAAGAUCUUCGCCCCACCAGCAAAACAGCGCAUCUGUGCCUGCCUUGAAGACCCUGAGCUCUCUGCCCUUCUAACCACAAACCCCAAAGAAGCCCAGGUGCACAUGCAGACCCUCUUUGAGAUUCGACCAGAAACAUUAGCCGACUACCUUGAUUCUAUGAAACCUCACUUUUCCCGCGUAAUCGGGUUUCGGCCCACCGGAUGGUCUUAUCGGCCCCCCGCAGGACGAAUGCUGGAGAACCCGCCCGUACCGACGGUUCUGCGUGGCGAGCACUGGCGGACGCCGUUCACGGUGGACCAUCUGACGCCACAGCGCGGUAGCACGCGGGAGAGUGCCUGUUUCGGCGUGCCGUAUAGCGAGCAUAGCUCUUUUCGAGAACUGACUAUGUUCUGUUGUGCUUUACGGAUUGGUAAGGUUAUUCCCACGGUUAAUGUGGGGAGUCAGAAGAGUCGGGAUAAUAUGAAGGCUUGGAUGGACAGGUGGGAAGGGGAGAAGAAGCGAAACGGAUUGUUUCCUGUUGAUGAUUGGUGA